GGCACGACUUGCCUUGCCGCACGGGCGGCAGCCGCACGACUCAAGUUCACGCUACAUACCUGUACAGCUGGGCGCUGGUCGGAAAGGGAAAGGGAGGAAGAGGAGGGGGCACCCGGAGCGAAGGAUUAGCCUUUUUCCAUUUCGCCGCCACUCUCCCCUUCCAGGUUCUUCUUCUCCUUGACGACACUUCGACAAGACCAGGUCGCCCGACCUGUACCGCUAUCUACCUUUCCAGCCGGAUCAUGUCGUGAUCUUCCAACUCCCCAUACUUGCUAAACACUAGCACUUGUCGCAAACACAAGCAUCUGUAGCUAUGGGUCUCGGUAUUCUCGAGUCCAAGGCCUUGGACCAUGUGCCAGGGACGACGCGCUACUUCGACGAUCCGAGUCGUCCCCAGACCGCGACCAGUGCCCACCAUGGAUUGAAAGUCGAUUCGAGCGGCCACGAGCCCAUUAUACUUAUCCCCCAACCCUCCGACGACCCGAACGAUCCUCUCAACUGGCCCCUAUGGAAGCGAGACCUCAUCACUUUCGUCCUGUCCCUCACAGCCAUCUUUGCGACCGCCCUUGGGCCGAUCCUUGCCGCCAACACCGUGACGAUUGCUCUGCUCUUCCGCACUAGCUUCACCCACAUCGCUCUUCUGACCGGAUACUUUCUUCUCGGAGUUGGUGCCGCAGCCAUCUUCUUCGUGCCCUCUGCACGUGUCUGGGGCAAGCGCCAUCUCUUCAUCGUUGGAACAUGCAUCCUUAUCGCAUCCUCCGCUUGGGCCGGCGCUGUCGGCACCAGCUACAACUCGCUCCUGGCUGCUCGCAUUGUUCAGGGCAUUGGUUGCACUCCGUUUGAAACCCUCGUUAACGCCGCCGUCGGUGACUUGUACUUCGUUCAUCAACGUGGCUCGCGCAUGGCGUUCACGAAUUUGGCUGUUUUUGGUGGCGCCUUCUUUACACCCAUUGUCGUCGGCAAGAUCACUCACAGUAUCGGCUGGUGGUGGACUUUUUACUUGGAGGCGAUUUUCUGCGCCAUCAUGCUUCCCGCCGUCUUCUUUCUCUGCCCGGAGACGUCGUACCGCCGGGACGCCGCGCUCAACACAGACAUGGCUGCCGAGUCUAUCGAACUCGUCAACAAGCCUAGCUCCUUCAAGGACGGCCCCAGCAGCAGUCCAGGCGACGACCACGAGAAGUUGACCGCCGGUGCAUCCACGAAUUCCCCCGGGCUGGAGCCUAGCCGAGGAGCUCACACACCCAAGAAGACCUUUAUCCAGUCACUCGCCCUCUUCGACGGCCGCAAGACGGACGAGGGCUACUGGAAACUUCUUCUGCGUCCAUUCCCGCUGUUUGUUCAACCUGCCUUCCUGUGGGGAUGUUUGAUCCAGGGCACCAUGAUCGGCUGGACUGUCUUCAUCGGCGUCAUUGUAGCCGCCAUUUUCUUGGGUCCGCCUUACUAUUGGAACGAGGUUUAUGCCGGCUACGCCUAUGUUGGCGCUUUUGUAGGGGCUCUUGUCGGAUUCAUCAUUGCCGGUGUUUUCGCCGACUGGAGUGCCAGCUUCAUGACCCGCCGUAACGGUGGUAUCUAUGAGCCCGAGUUCCGCAUCGUCAUGGUUCUUCCUAUGUUUGUUGUCGGCGGCAUGGGCCUGUACGGCUUCGCAAUCACUUCCGCUGGCCUGGCCACGAGGGAAUAUCACUACAGCAUCCCGCUCAUUUUCUUCGGUCUCGAGGUCGCCGGUAUGGUCAUUGGUGCCGUCGCGAGUUCUUUGUACAUCGUCGACGCCUAUCGUGAUCUCGCCAUCGAGGGCUUCACCGUCAUGAUCAUCUUCAAGAACAUCUUCAGUUUCGGUCUGACGUACAGCGCUUACGACUGGAUCAUCGCGGGUGGUAUCAAGCCCACCAUGAUCGCAAUUUCAAGUAUCCAGGUGGUAGUUUGCGCUCUCAGCAUCCCAAUGUACAUAUACGGCAAACGCGUUCGCGCCUAUUUCUACCAGCACGAUCUGCUUAAAAUUACUGGUCUACGAUGAGGUAUCACGUAUUCAUUUUAAUCUCUCAAUCUUCGAAUCUGCUUGGUAUCAAGGCUUUCUUUUAGUAAAAUCAGGCAACACCAGUCGUUGAUACUUGGCCUAUGUAUGGGGUCCUGACAAUAAGGACCCAUAGCCGUAGUUGAGCACCUCGCAAUAUCGACAUUAUAGUUAACAUACCUAAUUAAUGCCUACAUGCAUCAUUAUAAUUCUCGUUGUGAUCUCACGGCGUGAUGCCUGAUCAACUGUGAAACAACGGUCAAGGACAAGGGACGAGAAGAGUCGCAACAAUCCGC